UAUUUCAGACAGUACCAAGUAGAAAUACCAACGAAGGAGAUUUGUUAGUGGAGAUGGAGGUCAGUGAUAAUUAUAUCAAGAAGUUUGCAGAUCUGAAUAGUCGCUGCGAAGAUUGUAUGCAGCCCAAAUGGACAGAUGCCGUGGAGAAUGAGGUUACUUCUGUGAUAUCUGAUGGAACCGUUAAUAGUAAAACAGGUAGACGUAAAUUUAAGUUGCCCACCUUAGAAUUUAAGAAGUUUGAUGGGAAUAUUAAAGAUUGGUUGCCAUUCUGGUCUCAGUUUCAAAAAGUGCAUGAUGAUCUGGAUAUAGACUUGAACAAUAAAGUUGAGUAUUUGAUUCAAGCUAUGGUGCCCGGUAGUAGCGCUAGGCAGCUCGUCAACAGUUUUCCCGCUACAGGAAGUAACUAUAGUAAAAUGAUUGACUGUCUUCUCUCUCGGUUCGGUCAUGAGGACUUGCAGAUCUAAGUUUAUGUUCGGGAAUUGCUCAAAUUAGUUGUAAAUACUACUUCGUCUGGCAAUAAAAUAGACUUGUCUUUCUUGUAUGACAAAUUAGAGUCGCAGU